AUGGAGCUGAACAGACUGCUCCUCCUCACAUCCUUCCUCCUGCACGUGAAAGAGGACCGUGCCAGCCCGACGCGGCUGGUCUGUGACAACAGGCUUAUCCAGAAGUACAUCAUGGAGGCCAAGGACAUGGAAAAGAGAGUGGGCCAGUGCCAGGCCCUGCCUGCACUCAGGUGCCCUGCAGUGCUGCCCUUGGUGGACUUCACUUUCCUGCAGUGGAAAUCCAAAUCGAACGAGACCAAGCGGCGGGAGAUCCUGUGUGACCUGGCCCUGCUGGUGGGUGCUGCGGCAGGGGCCCAGGGCCAGGUGAGCGACGAGUGUGGGGCCAGGCAGCUGAGCCAGCUUUACCGACACGCCAACUCCUUCUUCCUGCUCCUGCAGAGCUUCAGCUGGGAGGCAGGACACUGGGAGCCGAGCUGCUCCCCACACUCCAUGGAGCAGACCCACAUCUCCAGCAUUUUCCUCACCUACCGGCAGCUGGUACAGGGCAAGCUGCGCUUCUUCUUCUCUGACCUGGCCAAGGUCUUGUGCAAGCAAGGUCAGGGGGACAGCAGAGACCCUCCAUGCGGGGCCCGGUGAGGCUGCACAC